AGGUCAUGGUACCAAGGGGGUGUUUGAACUUCUGGCAGGCUGGAGGAGAACUAGAGAAAACCUGCCAUUCAAGGAACGUGUGGCAGAUGCCUUUGCCGACGUGAUGGUGUGCUACACUAUGACCAGCUCACUCUACAUCAUCACCUUCGGCAUGGGAGCGAGCCCCUUCACCAACAUUGAGUCGGUGAAAAUCUUCUGCCAGAGCAUGUGUGUGGCCAUCCUGGUCAACUACUUCUACGUGUUCUCUUUUUACGGCUCCUGCUUGGUGUUUGCUGGACAGCUUGAGCAGAACCGCUACCACAGUGUUUUCUGCUGUAAGAUCCCCUCAGUGGAAUACUUGGACCGCCAGCCCACGUGGUUUAAAACCAUGAUGAGUGACGGCCAUGACCUGUCCACGCACCACGAUAGUGUGCCGUACCAAAACCACUUCAUCCAGCACUUCCUGCGUGAGCAUUACACCGAGUGGAUUACCAACACCUACGUCAAACCGUUUGUGGUCAUUCUUUAUCUCAUCUAUGCUUCUUUUUCGUUCAUGGGAUGUUUACAAAUUAGCGAUGGAUCGAAUAUAGUGAACCUGCUGGCCAGUAACUCACCAAGCGUUUCGUUUGCCGUGACCCAGCAGAAGUACUUCAGCAAUUACAGUCCUGUAAUUGGGUUUUACAUCUAUGAACCCAUCGAGUAUUGGAACUCCACUGUGCAGGAGCACCUCAAGACUCUCAGUCAUGGGUUCAACAAGAUCUCCUGGAUGGACAACUUUUUCCACUACCUCCGAGUGGUCAACGUCAGCGCGUCAACCAAGAGUGACUUCAUCAAUAUCCUGAAGGGCUCUUUUCUGCGCAGCCCAGAGUACCAGCACUUCACAGAGGACAUCAUCUUCUCGAAAAACCGGGAGACCGAUGAGUACGAUAUCAUCGCCUCAAGGAUGUACUUGGUAGCAAGGACCACAGAGAAGAAGAGAGAGGAGGUGGUGGAGCUCCUGGAAAAACUUCGUCCCUUGAUGCUGAUCAACAGCAUCAAAUUCAUUGCCUUCAAUCCCACAUUUGUUUUUAUGGACCGCUACAGUUCCUCCGUCAUCUCCCCCAUCCUGACCUCAGGCUUCAGUGUGCUCACCAUCCUUAUCCUUACGUUCUUCCUGGUCAUUAACCCUUUGGGAAACUUCUGGCUCAUUCUCACCGUCACGUCCGUAGAGCUGGGCGUCUUGGGUUUGAUGACUCUCUGGAACGUCGGCAUGGACAGCAUCUCAAUCCUGUGCCUUAUUUAUACUCUCAACUUUGCUAUGGAUCACUGUGCACCACACCUGUACACGUUUGUGUUGGCCACUGAGCACACGAGGACACAGUGCAUCAAACUGGCACUGGAGGAGCACGGGGCGGCCAUCCUGCAGAACACAUCCUGCUUCGUGAUCGGGAUCAUGCCUCUUGUGUUUGUGCCUUCCAAUUUGACCUACACGCUGUUCAAGUGCUCCCUACUCACGGCAGGCUGCACCUUGCUGCACUGUUUCGUCAUCCUGCCCGUCUUCCUGACGUUCUUUCCGCCAUCCAAAAAGAGGCACAAGAAAAAAAAGCGGGCAAAGCGGAAAGAGCGGGAGAGGGAACGUGAGCGGGAGAGGGAAAGGGAAAGGGAGGAGAUAGAGUGCAUUGAAGUCAGGGAAAAUCCUGAUCAUGUGACAAACGUUUGAGCACUUAUUGACAGUCAGUGAUUGGUAACUUUGGGUUACUGGUAGACUCUCAAAUGCUGAGGCAUCUCUAAAGAUGCAGGGAGCAUGCGGUGUCCGCCACGGAGUGGCCGAUACCUAACAACCGCAGCUAAGCUGACCGGGGUUGAGUGCAGCCCCACUGGUCAAUGAUUCAGUCCUCUAGUCUGGACAGUGUGUCUCCUUAGCACAAACUGGUUACUUAAGCUUUUCCCAACUCUUAGAAGUAUACAAGAAUUUAGUUGCCAAAACCUGCCUGCUAAAUCUUUAAAAAAUAUUCUUAACACAUACAACAAUAUGUAAAUUUCAAUGUUGACAGCUUUGUGUUCAUCACCUGCAGUCUCAAAAGAAACGAGCGACGGUCGCAGAGGUUCUUUAAGAGGCGGACACUCAGACACGUCAGUGAAAAGCAGCAGGAGCGAUAAGUGAGCAGAUACAACAGGUGAAGGUGACUCGGCACCCGCCUUACUUCUCCCACCUCAAUAUCCGCUAAAAUAGACAAAACCAAAUUAUGUGGAGAGAGAAAAAUACAGUAGGCUGAAAGCCCACUGCAUGCUUUUCUGUAGCAUCCAAAACAGUUCAACAGCUGAACCUGGCAGAUGGCUUACACUGUGUAUAUUUUCAAGAGCUGUCUUGCACAUUAUAUUGUGAGGAUAUAAUUGUCAAGGUUUGGCAAAAGUACAGGAUACCGUUUCUGUUUGAUCCAGAGUUUGUAGAAAUUCUUAAGCAGGGCAGAAAAUGCUGCAGUGAGCUGCAGAGGAUGAGAUCCGGUGGUGAGGGACUGUUGUGCAGGUGCAUUACACAGGCAAUAAGCCUGACUCCAACAACAUGACUAUACUGCUGCGCAUUGAAAAAAGUCAAACCGAAAUGUUGGCUUAUUAUGUCUUUAGCAGAUCAAAUAUAACAGAAACUCUCAGUUAGUACAUGAUUGUCUCUGUGUGCCCUUACAAGGUCUUUGUCAGGUUUAGUUCCUAUUAUUGGUGCCAAAUAGUGUAGAGAAGCUUUUGUUCUCUAGUUUUCUAUUAAAACAAAUUCUCAGUGAGUUUUGAUAUUCAUUAAAAAAAACAUGAAUCAAAAUUCCUUCAUCCCUAAACUGAGUGCUUCUUAUUAGAAAUGUGGAUGGUGUAGGUUUUACAGCAAAACAAAAAAGGCCAGUAAAUAACUAUUAUAGACUAGAGCGGGGGAAAAACAAAGUUACGGUGAAAUCCCAAGUUCUGCAUUUUUUAAAUACCAAAAUGCUAAUUAAAAAAACAAACCCUUUGCCAUGUUGUUCCCUCCAUAUGUCUUAACGAGACAGGUAGUUUCUCUGAAAGGCGUGAAUAUUCAUUAUUACAUAAUUUAUUUUGUUGUCUUUUUACUUUGACAUCUGAAUUAACUUAAUUAUUUUCACUGGCAACAUAAAAACAAUCAAAGUAACAAGAUGUUAAGUCACUUUUACACUUUUGAUCCGGUUACAUUUAGCACCAAUUUUACAACCCUAAACAGAAAAAUAAAAAAAAAGAAUGGCGGGUAGGCAGAGCUUUAUAUUGUGUUCUGGCAGAGAACAAACAAAAAAGAGACCAGUUAAGACUGCAACAGUGACAAGUUGGCAAUUUGUCUACCAUGUUCAUAUUAUAUGAAAUAUUUUUUUUCUACUGCACAUUUAUAGGAAGCACCUGGCAUGGGCAAAAAAGGUAUGAUAACCUUGAGUAAAAAGAGAAUUCUUGUACCCUGUUGCUAACAUUUGUUUCAAAAUUCUUAAACAUAAAAAAAAAAAACAGUGAUGGGUGAUCCUCCCUUGGUUUAAAACCAUAAACGUUCCUAACUUUUUUUAGGAACAUGGCAGAACACUAGUAGCUUCUUACUGUGGCGUUUUUUAACUCUAAAAAGAGAAUGCAGCUUCAACUCACACGGAUCGCUUCAAUUGGUAACUGUAAUUGAAUUAAGUUGAUCCGACUUAAUUGAUUUAGUUUAUGAUUUGUCAAGUUAAACCAUUGAAAAUAAAUUAAGUUAAACUUAAUUCAGUUACUUGGUAUCACUUGAAGCAAUCAAUUUAAGUUGUAGCUGCAUUCUCUUUUUUAGAGUCUACACUUGAUAGUGGGACUUGGCUCAUGCAUAGCAGCAAAUUAGUGCCUUUGCUGUAAAACAUCAAACAAUACCAUAAAUGAUAAUUAGGUUAACCUCUACAAAUACCACUUUGUCUAAAAUGGCUACCUCUGCCUCACCGGGUAAACAGCGUUAUCCUCUUCUACCGUAGCCCAGUAAAUAGUUCUGUUGCAUUCCCAGAACAAAUACAGUCAAGGUCACCAGCCGUGACAGAUAUCCAUCUCAUAACGAAGUGUGGCCGUUAAGCCUUAGCCGGUGCCAUGUUAUACAGGGGUCACAUAUGUGCGAAGACAAAGCUGAUUAUAGGCCAGGUCCAUAUCUUCUCAAAGGACUGCUAGGGUUGCACAGGGUUGGUUUUGAGGGGAAAGUUGCUGUCUUGUUUCUCUGUACCAGCAGCAACACACUGAGGUUCCCUCACACAGGUUGGCCAGUACAGCAGUUGCACCCGUGGUUACAAUCUUUAAGCUGAAGCAAAUUACAUUGUGAAAAGGGGAAAAAUAUUUUCUUUCACAGAGGAUAGUGAGCAUUUGUGUAAUCUUAAACAUAGAAAUGUUACUGAGCCCAUUUUUAUGUGUACUUGACUUUCCAGACGAAAAUAAAAAAAGAACAUUCUCAUUGUAUUUUACUAUGAAUGAACACUGUGUUAGUGGGGUUAGAAAGUAACUUGGUGUGAACUUCUCACUGAAGUUGUAACUAUCAUUGAGCAGACAUUGCCCUGCAGAAGAAUUAGGCCUUUUUGUAGCCAUUUGCCGCAGACGAUGCAGUGAAUGUCACAUACUGUAAAACCCAUGUCAUGUAUGUAUAGCGAGAUGGCAUGAAAUGUUUGAAUAAUGGUACUGAAAUGCAAAUCCUGAAUAAUUUUCUUCCCAAAAAUGAUCUGUGUUCGCAUGGCAUUGUGUUGUAUGUAUGCAUGUAUUUCUUUUUUUUUUUUGUAUGAAGUCUUCGUAUUUUUAGAAAUUCCUUUUUCUGAGCUGUAGUGACUUCUGUUUGUUGUUGCGAUGCAUAUUCUGUGACACCUUGUGCUGCAAAAGAACAAAAUGAGUCAUAUCUGUUCCAAAACAAAAGCCAGAGGACAUUUGAAAUGUAACAUAACUGUAAAUUGCUCUUUUUUAAUAUUUUCUAUAAAAAGUAUAAUACAAAAAGAUUUUUAUUGACUGAAUUUUCCUACAAAAAACUACCAAAAGCAGGAAAAAAGAGGAAAAAAGUAGGCCAGUAAUAAAAAGGGGAUUGUUACCAGUAUGCUAGAUUCGUUACACAGCUGUGCAAUUGUCUUGUUUUUUUCUGGGGGUUUUUAGGCAACCAUAAAUGUCUUCACUCUGUUUCUGGACACAUUUAUUAUCACUACCAUAUGAACUAUCACUACCUUAGGGGAUCUCUAUGAGCGGUUUUGCUAUGUAGCGAAAAUGUUAGCACAGAAAAACAUAGGUUACAUAUGUAUAACAUAUAGUCAAAACUAUACAAACCUGUUAUUCUAGGAAAAACCAGGUAGCAAAGAUAUGUAAACAUGCUGCUUAGUUCUUCUCAAGCAUAAUUCCCAAACUUAUCUGCUCUUCUAUCUUUGCAGUUAACAUGCCACUACAGCCUAGUAGGCUAUAGUAAUGUCCAAGCGAUUGCACUUUAUACCAAGGUCUGUAAAAUUUGCCUGUUUGCAUAGAAAGUAAUAAAGAAGGAUAAUGGAAAAAAAGCUGGUAAAUUUUCAUCUGAUUGCCAGUUACUAAACUAAAUAUGA